CAUGAUUUUCUAUAACACUGUCUAUAACAUUGACAUACCAGAUCGUUUAAACUAACCGGUAAUGAGAUUUGUCUUGAAACAUGGAGGAAUUUAUUAAGAUUUUCGGUGGCACGUGGAUAUACGAAAAUGGUGAAAAUAUUGAAGAAUCUUUAAGAGGAUUAAAAACACCAGAAAAUAUGAUAGCAUUUCUCGCAAACAGCAAACCGACGAUGACAAUCGAACAAAGAGGGGACUCAAUCUUCCACAGAACAGAAGUAGCACCGGGAGCUUAUCUUGAUAUCACUUAUCAGCUAGAUAAAGAAUUUGAUGCUAAAGAUCCCAACGACCCGCCAUCGUAUCAUAAUAAAGCAUUAGUAACAUUCAACAACGGACGGGCAGAGUUCACGAACCGGACUCAGUUGCCUAAUGCAGAAGAUAAUUUUACGGUAUUUACCGUAUCUGGGGACAAGCUUACCUCGGAAACAACCGGGCUUGAAGGAAAUAAAAAGAAAGGCGUUGUAGGUCGAAGGUUUUAUAUAAAGAAGAAAUAAAAUGACAAAUUCCUACAAAAGUGGCGAAAUAUAACUUCUUCCAUGUUGUUUACAUUUUAGAGAUUAAAUUAUAGUUCUUUAAAACAUACAUAUCAUGAUAGCUAAAGCUAGCAAAAGAUUUAUCCAACAGCAGCUGCUAUCAUAUAAUAUAUGUAUGAUAGUCGAGAACAUUAAUGAAGUGACUAGGUAAAUUACAUGUAAACAUCUUUAGAGAUUAAGACGUAUAUGACAUUAUGAUUAAUCAGGGCUUUUCAAAUAGUUUUUGAAAAACCUUGAAUUAAUAAAGAAUAUUUUACAAA